CAGUGACCAUGCUGUGAACCCUUUAAACUUUGCAGAGACAUUUGCACAAGAAGGUGUAAACCAUUCAGAGGAUUCUUAUUUUGAAUUAUUUUUUAAAUGCCUGCUGUCUGUUUUUGUCUGUAUACACACUGAAAAGAAGUAAUGGAAAAUACCUCUGGAGAGUUCAUGUUUGUGCUUCAUGGAUUGAAGGACACAAGGACAAACAAACAUAUUUAUUUUUCAUUUGGUCUAAUUGUCUAUAGUAUGACUCUGUUUAUAAAUUUGAUACUAGCUAUUACAGUCAUUCUUGACAAAACACUUCAUGAACCUAUGUAUAUAUUUAUAUGCAGUUUGUUUUUUAAUGGAAUGCUCGGGGCUUCUGCAUUCUAUCCAAAGAUCCUUGCUGACCUUUUAUCAGAAUAUCAUGUUAUCUCAUAUAUAGGGUGUCUCUCACAAGUUUCCAUAAUUUAUUCUUAUGUUUUCUGUGAAUACACAUGUUUAACAGUCAUGUCAUAUGACAGAUACAUAUCCAUUUGCAAGCCUUUGGAGUAUCAUUCCAUUAUGACACUUCAGAAAGGUUUUAAAUUAUUGAUUUUUACUUGGCUAUGCUCCCUUCUAGAGUCCUCUGUUGGGGUUUUGUUGACUGCCCAACUCCCGUUAUGUGGUAAUGUCAUUGACAAGCUUUAUUGUUCUAACUGGGAAGUUGUUAAGCUGUCUUGCACAGAUGUGUCUGUGAACAAUGUGUAUGGUUACUUUAUAAUAUUCUCUCAUGUAUCUCAAGCUGUGUUCAUCAUUGUGUCAUAUAUCUGCAUUAUCAGAGCUUGUUUAAGGUCCAAGAGACAGUGGCCAAAAUUCAUGCAGACAUGCCUUCCCCAUUUAAUAUCACUCACAAACUUCACUAUUGCCCUGCUCUUUGACCUCAUGUAUGCUCGUUAUGGCAAAAGCCAGGGACUGCAAGCUCUGCGCAACAUCUUAGGGAUUGAGUUUCUUGUUGUGCCUCCUCUCUUAAACCCAAUAAUCUAUGGAUUUAAACUAACCCAGAUACGGCAAGGGCUUCUGAAAAUGUACUGGCAUAGAUGUAAAGCUUUGCAAGACAGCUGAUUUGUG